UUCGUCUACAAAUCCUUCCCUUCCUUUCGUUUCUUUCUUUCUCUUUCUGUUACAUUCGAGUUUUCUAGGUUUUUAUUUUUCUAUGUGAAAGCUUCGAUUUCCUUUUGAGGCUUUUGAAUCGAGAACUGCAUUUUAGAGAUCAGUUCCUGUUUCUAACUUGUAAAUCAGGAAACAAGUGGAAUUUGCUAGGAUUUGGAAGCCUUGUAAUAUUUCUUUUUCAAGGAUCCUUGAGCAAAUAAUGUCUGGCCACCUCCAAUAGAUGCAAUGUAUCUUUGGAGAUGAGAAGUUUUCAGGUUGCCUGCACUUGAUGGACUACUCGCCUAGCAGCUGUGAUAAGAAAACACUAAAGAGGUGGUUUUUCAUAGACAAAAGGGUUGGAUAGAAAGCGUUUGUCUAGGGUACAUACUUUUCCUUGUGAUUGAGUGGCUGAUAUAAUAUACUUAGUUCAUCCAUUAACACUUCGGAAAUCCUGACACCAUGGAGAUGAAUUCAAAUCAAACAUCUCCUGUUCUUACUGAUCCUGCGCCAGUAAACAAUUCAAGACUAAGCACAUAUUCAGGCCUCUUGCCUUAUCCACAAGCAGGAGCAGCAUUCCCCUCUGGGAAGUACGUAAAAAUUCCAAGGAAAAAGCCAGGGAAGCUCGAUGAUGUUCGCUCCAAUGGGUGGUUGGAUGCCAUGAAAUCCUCAUCACCUCCUCGGAAAAAGCUAAUUAAGGAUUUCACUGUGGAGAUUACUUCUGAUGAUACUGAUGCUGCUCAUCGCUCCUGGAUGCUCAAGUAUCCUUCAGCACUUCACUCUUUUAAUCAAAUCACAGAUUAUGCCAAAAACAAGAAGAUUGCAAUGUUUCUUGAUUAUGAUGGGACUCUUUCACCAAUAGUGGAUGACCCAGAUCGCGCUCUUAUGUCCAAUGAUAUGCGUUCCGCAGUAAGAAAUGUUGCAAAGUAUUUCCCUACAGCAAUAAUUAGUGGAAGAAGUCGUGAUAAGGUUUAUGAGUUGGUAGGACUAGCAGAACUACAUUAUGCUGGUAGUCAUGGAAUGGACAUCAUGGGACCAGUCAAUCACUUGGCCGCUGAUGACCAUUCAAAUAAUUGUAUAAUUAGAUCUACUGACCAACUGGGCAAGGAAGUAAAUCUGUUCCAGCCCGCUAGAGAAUUUAUACCUAUGAUUGAUGAGGUUUUUAGAACCCUUGUCGAGAAUACCAAAGGAAUCCAAGGUUCAAAAGUUGAGAAUCACAAGUUCUGCGCCUCUGUACAUUACCGUAAUGUAGAUGAGAAGAUCUGGCCAACUAUUGCCCAACUUGUUCAUGAUAUUCUUAAAAGUUACCCUCGUUUACGACUAACUCAUGGGCGGAAGGUUUUGGAAGUUCGUCCUAUGAUUGACUGGAAUAAGGGAAAAGCAGUUGAAUUUCUGUUGGACUCACUUGGGUUAAGUAAAAGUGAUGAUGUGCUCCCAAUUUACAUUGGAGAUGAUAAAACUGAUGAAGAUGCAUUCAAGGUGUUGCGGGAAAAGUGUGGAGGUUAUGGAAUUCUGGUGUCUCCAGUCCCAAAAGAAACCAAUGCAUUUUACUCUCUCAAGGACCCAUCAGAGGUCAUGAAAUUUCUGGAGUCUCUUGUGAGAUGGAAGAGUAAGCAGGAAGAAGAUUAAUGGAGUAAUGAAUAUUUAGAAAUGGAGCAUGAUGCCGUGUGAUUUCCUGGUAGUGGUAGGCUAUGAUUACUUGGUUCUUUUUGUCUAUUUGUUCCUCAUUAUUUUAAGGCAGUGGGAUGCUGCUGAAUCUUUGUAAUUUCUGUCCCCAUUUUGUAUUGAUAGCUGGGGAGUUGGGAAUACUAUCAAUGUUAUCUGUUAUUGAAAAUUAUUUGCCAGUUCUCUUUCCUUUUACUUGUAACAAACAAGGUCUCAGGUUUGAUGAAUUGAGGUCUUGUCUUCCACUA